ACUCCCUAUCCACCUUUGGUUAAGGGCUUCUCUCCUAGAUAUUAGCUUCCAAGCACUUCCGGUCUGUGCAUGUGGAUUUAGAGAAAAUCCUGAGGCUGACUGCGGGAGUUUGUGGACAAAGACCAUCUGCAUGUACUGAAAAGGAAAAUGGAAAAGAAGACAAAGAAAAGAAAGAGGAUUCAACUGAAGAGAAGGAGCCUGUUGAGAGCUCACAGAGUUUACCAGAUGUUUCUGCAACAGAGACCAGCAACCGUGUGGCAGAAGAAGCAAUGGAUGAAAUAAAAUCCCAAGAAUGUAACCUGGCGGGGCAGCCAAAUGUUCCAACUAGUUCAACAAAGGCCCCUACCACUGAAAUCUCAGGGAAUGUUGUGAUUAGAAAACCUGCAAAAGUAAUUUUUUCUUCAGAUGAAACUAAACCAAAAUCAAAGCUCGAACAACCAUGGAAGAAAAACCUUUUGGAAAGAGUGGAGGCAAGCGCCAGGAAAAUGCAGCAGAAAGUAAUAGAUAAGGAUAAUAUGAAGAAGGAACUGGAAAAAAAGUCUGAAAAAAAACUCCCUAAGGAUAAUUUGGCCAAAGAGUGGUUUAAUACUGAAAGCACGACACUGAAAACUCGUGCAUAUUUGCUUGAUAAACUUCUACCCACCUUAGUUCCUGGAAUGGAAAAAAUGUUAAUGCAAUUAGAAAAGAAGAAGAUUUUGACAGAUGACGACUUUCCAACCAAGUUUGACCCAAUUAAUUAUUUGGGAGAAUAUUUAAUGAGAAACAAUCCUUAUUAUAUCAAAGACCCAGAAAUGUCUGGUUACCAGAGGGUAAUGAGAGAUGUCACAGAAGACCUGAAGGUACAUGUUCCUGAUACUAUCUGCAACAGAGUAUCUAAGAUGAAGGAGAAUGUUAAACAGAAAAGAGAACAAAGAGAAUACAUAAACACAAUCAAAGUCAAGGUGGCCAUCAUGCGGAAACAGGCUCUGCAGGAGCAAUUUGAUGAAUGGAUUCUAGACCCUAGAGGAAUGAUUCCUACAGUAGUGAUUCAAAAUGUUCUUCAUGAAUUUUUCCAAAAGCCAGAAUUUGAGCUUGAAUCACAUUGCAAACAAUUGAAUAUUACUGACUCCAUGGAAUCAGGAUUGAACAAAAUGGAAUUUUCAGAAUACAUCUCUUCACACAUUGCAGACCUUAAAAGUGAUAUUUUUGAGGAACUCCUCAAGCACCUUUGCCACUGUGCAGACGAAUUCCGGGAGGUCAUAAAAAGUGAUAUAAAGAGACAGAUGUUUGCUGAUCUCUUUCUAUAUUGUGACCACGGGAAGGUAGGGAUUUUGGAUCGGCAGAGGACAUUGGCCUUGCUGGAAACAUUCUAUGAUAGAAUUACACGAAAGCAUAAGCAUUUACUCCGAAACCCAAGACAAUGGCCAUUUGUUGAAUUUGAAGAGAUAGACUUGCUUGAGUUCUGGGGAGACAUGGAUAAUCAGAAACACAUUUAUGAAGACUUUGAUAAGGUGCUUUUAGGGAUGAAUGCAUUACUUUCUGAAAAACAUGAGAGCAAAAACCAAAAUCAAUUAUCAGAAAAUCAACAAAAACAUGAUGAGCAGAAGAAAUCAACACCACCACCAAGUCCACCAGAAGAGCAGAAAGAGACAACUGCAGAGCAAGGACCACAGAGAAUUUCAACUGCAGAACAAGAACUCUAUGAAGAACCAGAAAUAAAACAAGAAAAUGUCCCAGAGUCAAUUAUAGAACAAGAAAAGUCAGGGACAGAACAAGGGUCACGCAGAAGCUCAAUGAUAGAACAAGAACCACAGAGAGAGUCAAUUGCAGAACAUGGGGCAUACACAGAGUCAGAGAGAGGACAAGAACCUCAAAGAGGGUCCGAUUCAGAACAAGGGACACGCAGAGAGUCAGUCACAGAACAAGGGACACGCAGAGAAGGAUCAACAACAGGACAAAGUCAACGCAAAGGAUCAACAACAGGGCAAGGACCACGCAAAGCAUCAGAUUCAGAAUAUGGAUCACACAGAGAGUCAAUAAUAGAAGAACCACACACAGAAGAGCAAGGUCCAUAUGGAGAGACAAUUCCAGAACAAGAGGAUGUAGAUUCAACUUCACAAUCAAGGGAAGUUAGGAUCUCUAAAACAAGUGCAGAAUCUGAAUACAUUGAAAUCCCUUCACAAGAAAAGAAGUCUUGGGAGCUAAUACAUGAAGAGGAAUUAUCAAAAGAACUGCAAGAGCCCAUUCCUACGUCAAGUAAAACAAAUAUUUCAGGUAGUGAUUCAGCUCCUUCUGAUAUAAGAAAGGACAUUCAGAAAGACAAAUCCUGUGAACCCAAGUCCCAAAAAAUAGAAGGAAAAUCAUGGUCAGGUGGAUUUUUUGCUUGUGAUUGGAGGAAGAAGUAUGCCAAAUUUGAAGAUGAGGAUCAAGCAAACUUAAUCUAUGAUAACUCCAAGUUUACAGACCUACAUUCAAUUAUCAGAAAUAUUCAGUUUUACAAGGAAAUAAAAGAUAGGAGUGCCUUCAAUGGAGUUUCCUUCAAUCUGUUCCAGUUUGUGCAGGUCCUAGAGACAUUUGUUGGUGAAGAUGCCCCCUUGAGUGUCAGUGAGAGCCUCACCUCCUUUUUUAAGAGCAGCUAUGCUGAAACAAAAGAAGAAAAAAUGAGUGCCUUAGAACAGGUUAGACAAAAUGCUUUCCAAAUUCGUCGGGGACUUCUUCUAGAAGCUCUCUUUCAAAAGUGGGAUAGUGAUGGCUCAGGCUUCCUGGAUCUGAAUGAAGUUGAUGAACUCUUAUACACAUACAAGGAUGGAAUGGAAAAAGAAUCUAUGAAGAAAGCUAAACUACACAUCCAGUUUCCAAAGUCACACCAUGGUCAUGAAGUAAAGUUGUCUUCAAAACAAUUUCAGAAAUACAUAGAAUUGGUAGUAUCUGAACUCAGGGGCAAUGAAGAUCAAGUUUUGGAAAGUGUUGUGGAAUUUCUGAUGAAUAGUUUAAAGAGGAGUCAUAUUGAGGGUCUGAGGAAUUGUGCAAGACGAAAAUGGCUACAUCAAAUCCAACAUGCUGCAGAGACAAGUGGAGUGUCUGUGGAGCCAGUAUACACUGAAACCUUUAAGGCCCUCACCCAGGAUGCUGAAACUCAUGGAAAUAAGAAGAUCAGUGCUCACAUUUCCCUCUUAGAAGAAAAUGAACUACUUCCUGAUCGAGGAUCUGUUCUGCUGAGGAAUGUGGCUUGUACCCUAGAUGAUGCUCCAUUUGUACUGAACAGAGUGCUUUACCGGGACAUGGAGGGAAUCAGCUUUACAGUAGUGGAUGAAGGGAAACCAAUCCAUGUCCCCCAAGUACAGUACCAUGGGAACAUCGUCUUCUGGAACAAUUCUCGCAGUAAGAAUGAUCGUAAUGGGUCAUUACUGGCUCUGCCUCUGCAUGAUGCAUAUAUGAGGAUCUUUGGAGUCCUGGCUGUUGACACACUUAGAGAUCCCCACAAAAUAAAUAUCUUCGUCCCUCAUGAGAUCAGAUUCUAUCAGGGUGUUGCCAAUGUCUUUAGCACUGCCUAUCACUAUGUGCACAGCCGGGAGCACAUCCUGCAUAUUGUGAUCACUGGCCUUGGCUGGCUCUACAAUGUCACAUCCAACAUCAUCUCCAUCACUACAUACUUUGUUGAGCCUAGCCCAGACCAGGAUUCAGACUAUGUUUUACGCAAUAUGAUGGUUACAGGGCAGCUGGGUCUAACAGAAAUCCACACAAAUCCCCCUACUACCUUUAGGAAAUCAUGUGUCUUCAGAGAUUUCCUUUUUAAAUGUACAGACAGUUCAGAAGUUGUUUUGGAUUCUAUCUAUGGAGAAACCCACAUAGUAAUUCCACUUCGUGAGAGAACAGGAGAGGCUCUGGGAGCCCUUGAUGUUAACAUUGGCCGGACCAGGAUGUUGUUGUAUCAAGAAUAUAAAGAUCUACAGAAAAUGAUGAAGGUGAUCCAAGCUGCCUGCUAUGAAAUACUAGGCGAAUGCUCUGGAGAGAUAAAGAAAAACAUUAUCUUAGAGAUGGAAAAAGUGGGGGAAGUCCAGCGAGCAGGAAUUAUCUUCUUCCGAAUCAUGCUGCAGGAACUGCAGGCAUGUCUCCAGCUACUUAGUUCCAUGGACUUUGUGACACUGUUGCUGUACGAUCAUAAUACUCAGAUAGAGUCAACAUCUUCUGAGGACAGCAAAUCCAUGGAGUUGAAAGCCAACAUAAACCUAGUGCAUGACAUCCUGAAGGGAGUUAUCUUAUUCUUUCAUCCAGAAUUGGAAUCUUCAAGUGACUUGGAAGAUUGGGAUAAGGAUAAACUUUAUGUUAAUAGAUAUUUAGUGGAGAGUAUUUGUUCCUUUGAUCCAACUGCUAGCCAUGUGAAAGUCAACUUACAGCUCAUUAAUAAAUACAUCAAAGAUCAUUCCCGAAUUGAAGUAUGGAAAUUUGGUAAUACUGUCAUUGAACUUCUUUAUCACUGGAUACACAUCUGUUUAGCUCUUAUGCAACUAAGCAAAAAACUUAAUAAGGCUAUUGUACCUCCAUUGCCCUCCAAGUCUGACAGUAGUAGGUAUGCAAAAAUGCCUGGGGAACCUUUGCCAGAGAAAUAA